AACCGGGAAGAAAGGGCAGGGCGGGUGUGCUCGCGCCCGCACACUCGCGCCAGGAGCCUGGACGGGAACGCGCCGGUGCGCGCGCAGGCGGGAAGCCAGCCCCUGUGGCUGUUGUCGGGUUCGACUAGAGGGGCGGGGGAGUCACCUGCGAGCGGCUGCGCCUGUCGCCCUCCCUCGCGCGGCGUCCGGAUCGCGCCAGCGGCGCCGGGCCGCACACACCCAGCCAGGCUGGGGCGGGGGAGCAGGCAGAGUCCGCGGCCGGAGUUGGCUACCAGGAGGAUCCGCACCCUCGGCGCCGCCGCCUGCGCCCGCCCGGGCUAUUAGCAAAAAAUGGUGGAUCGCUUGGCAAACAGUGAAGCAAACACUAGACGCAUAAGCAUAGUGGAAAACUGUUUUGGAGCAGCUGGUCAACCCUUAACUAUCCCUGGACGGGUGCUCAUUGGAGAAGGAGUGCUAACUAAGUUAUGCCGGAAGAAGCCUAAAGCAAGGCAGUUUUUCUUGUUUAAUGAUAUUCUUGUAUAUGGCAAUAUUGUCAUCCAGAAGAAGAAAUACAACAAACAACAUAUUAUUCCCUUGGAAAACGUCACCAUUGACUCCAUCAAAGAUGAAGGAGAAUUAAGGAAUGGAUGGCUAAUUAAGACACCAACCAAAUCAUUUGCAGUUUAUGCUGCCACUGCCACCGAGAAGUCAGAAUGGAUGAAUCACAUCAAUAAGUGCGUUACUGAUUUACUCUCCAAAAGUGGGAAGACACCCAGUAAUGAACAUGCUGCUGUCUGGGUUCCUGACUCUGAGGCAACUGUGUGUAUGCGCUGCCAGAAAGCGAAAUUUACGCCUGUUAAUCGUCGUCACCAUUGCCGCAAAUGUGGUUUUGUUGUGUGUGGUCCCUGCUCUGAAAAGAGAUUUCUCCUUCCCAGCCAGUCUUCUAAGCCUGUGCGGAUUUGUGACUUCUGCUACGAGCUGCUGUCUGCUGGGGACAUGGCCACGUGUCAGCCUGCUAGAUCGGACUCCUACAGCCAGUCACUGAAGUCUCCUCUAAAUGAUGUGUCUGAUGAUGAUGACGAUGAUGACAGCAGUGACUAAGGACACGGCUGGAAAUAUUUAAUUGGGUGUGGCUAUCUGGAAAAUCAGCUGUGGGGGACAUAUAAAAUUCUUAGGUCUCUCAAUCUUGCUCUAGCCUUGAAUUUGCCUGAGAAACUUUUAACCUAUGUGCCUCUCUACUCUCUAGAAAGUGGACCCCUUUACCUUCUGCUUCCCCCUGCACUCUUCAGGGACAAACUUGGAAUUAUAGCACAGAAAGUUUUGGUUUCUUAUUCUCUUUUAUUUCUAGAUUAUUUUUUUUUCAGUUGGAGAAGAUGUUUAUUUAACAGAACUUGUACUACAUUUUUUUUCUGUUAUAUGGAAAACUAAAAGCACAGAAUGAUGGGAAUAAGAGUAUAAUGUUAUUAAUAUUAUUAUUAGUAUUUUUCUAAGCAUUCUGUGUUGCUUUAGAUAUCAGUGACAGAACAUGGUUUGGAAAUUCUUUGCUUCUUUUUUGAACACCAAGCGGUGCCUUACUGUGACAGCACUGUCACGUGAAAUAUAAGCCCUACCUUCUUACAUGUUUGGUUGGUUUAAAAAAUACACUGGUGCUCUCCAAGGGAUGAGUGUUUGUGAAUGGAUGCAGCAAGGGAUAUUUAUUUACAGCCAUGAGGAACUAAAUUUAGAAUCAUCUUCAUACUAUAUGAAUAUGUAUUUUUCAUAAAAUGGUGAUAUUUUUGCAUCUUAUAGGCACCAAAUUGUAAUGGUCACAUAUAUGUUAAAAAUUUGGUUUGAAAUUUAUCAGUAGUAUAGAAGUGGCAUGUUCCAUUAGCUGCUUUCAUAAGACAUUUUAAUAUAUAAAUUCAUCUGCUUUACAUUAUUUCUAGCAGGAAAACUCAUAAAAUCCUUCAAAAUAAAUGAUCUUAAAAAAAAAAAAUCCAAUGAUGGAACAUGGAUCUAAUAAGGCUUGAAGAUUUGUAGG